GACUCUCAAUCACGUCCCAAUCAGUUGCACCCUCACGGAACAACCGAUCUGUGCUCGCGACCCCUUGCUCACACAGACCAUCUACGGUCAACCACAUCACCUCCUCCAUGUCAUCAACCAUGUCUGGCGUCAGCGGCACAUAUCGAGGCACGCCCAACCGGCGUGGUCAACUCCCAUUUGCAGACUCUCCUUCCGCAAUCCCUCGUCCCAAGUUGGAGUCUGCCAGUAACACCACGCCCAGCGAGAUGUCGGGCACCUCUACCAUGUCCGCCAGUCGACAGAAGCAGAGUAAGAGAGACGAGGCCAUUCGACGCAAGAUGGAAGCAGACCUCAGCAAGAAGAAGCACGCCCCCGCCCGCGCUCGACACACCCGCAAGGCACCACCCGGGACCGUCCUGGCCCUGAAACCCAGUCAGGCUUUACAGAUCAAGCCCUCCACCACUGUGGCCGAGGCUGCUCAGCUGAUGGCAGCAAAGAGAGAAGACUGCGUUUUGGUUACAGAUGACGACGAUAGGAUCGCGGGUAUCUUCACAGCGAAGGAUCUGGCCUUCCGUGUUGUGGGUGCCGGUAUCAAAGCCAGCCAAGUCACCAUUGAACAGAUCAUGACCAAAAACCCGCUGUGUGCAAGGACCGAUACGAGUGCCACCGAUGCAUUGGACCUAAUGGUUCGAAAAGGAUUCAGACAUCUGCCUGUCAUGGACGAGAAUCAAGACAUCUCUGGUAUCCUCGAUAUCACAAAAUGCUUCUACGAAGCCAUGGAAAAGCUGGAACGUGCAUACAGUUCGUCGCGCAAGCUGUACGAUGCCCUCGAAGGCGUACAAUCUGAACUUGGCUCCAGCCAGCCCCAACAGAUCAUCCAAUAUGUCGAGGCUUUGAGGCAGAAGAUGUCGGGACCUACAUUGGAAUCCGUGCUGAAUGGGCUUCCUCCCACUACCGUGUCUGUCAGGACGUCGGUCAAAGAGGCGGCUCAGCUCAUGAAGGAAAAUCACACAACGGCCGUGCUGGUGCAGGAUCAAGGGUCAAUCACUGGUAUUUUUACAAGCAAGGACGUGGUAUUACGUGUCAUUGCACCCGGUCUUGAUCCCUCGAACUGCAGUGUGGUAAGGGUCAUGACCCCUCACCCGGAUUUUGCGCCCACGGAUAUGAGCAUUCAGGCUGCUCUGCGGAAGAUGCACGAUGGACAUUACCUCAACCUCCCUGUCAUGAAUGGCGAGGGUGAAAUCGUCGGCAUGGUCGACGUCCUCAAAUUGACCUAUGCCACGCUUGAACAGAUCAACACGAUGAAUUCCGGAGAAGCGGAGGGUCCGGCAUGGAAUAAGUUCUGGCUAUCAAUGGACAAUGACACGGAAUCAAUCAUGUCCGGCGAAGGCAGUCAUCGCCCAACCACCCCUGGCCACCGCUCGAUGAUGGAGUCAGAGCCUGGCCGCCCCGGUUUUGAAAGGGGGGACAGCGUUAUGCCACACGACUCCGCCUCGCACCGAGGAGACGAUGUUCACUCUGAGGUACUUCCAUCUGUCGAAUCGCCGGAAGAGGCACCCUUCCCAUUCAAGUUCAAAGCCCCCAGCGGACGAGUCCAUCGGAUACAAGUCCUGGCUAGCAGCGGCUUAACCGAACUGGUCAACCAAGUCACUGCCAAAUUAGGUAGUGAGGUGGAAUCCGUGGGCGGCGAAGCCACUGUCGAGGAAGGUAGGUUGGGAAAAGCAGGUUAUGCAUUGAGUUACCUGGACAAUGAGGGCGAUACCGUCUCUAUCACGACGGAUCAAGAUCUCCUCGACGCAAUACUGCUAGCGAGACAAGGGAAGAGGGACAAAGUCGACUUGUUCGUACAUGACCCUGCUCAACCGCCGAUUGCCACGACUAUCGACCCGCGACCUCAGCUUUCGAAACCGCCGACCCCUCCCGAGUCCAUACUCAAGGAGGCGCCAAUAGACGCUGCGGAGGAGGGCGACGAAGAUGAGGAAGAAGAAGAGACCGCCCCCAUAGCGAAGACGAUACGAACGAAACGAGCACCACCUGUCAUGCAACAACGAAAGGAAGAACAGCCCGAGAUCAUUGCCGGUGUGCCGAAUGACCUGCUUCUUCCCGGUGCCAUUGUGACGCUUGCGGUUGUUAUUGUUGGUGUUUUUGCUAUUAGUCGCGCGACGGCAAAGUAAGAAUGAUACCCCAUGACUCCGAUGCUGCCAGUGUUGGAGCUGCUCUUUUUGGCUGUUCAGAUUCUCGACUCUCUAAUUACGGAGCCUGCUCACUACGACGGGAAAGAGGCAACUUCUCAACUUGAUUUCGAUGCUGCUACGGUAGCAGGUUUGACGAGGGAACAUAGAUUACUUAACCUACUUAUCUAGUUCCUGUAUUGGUUUAUAUCCUUCUUCCGCUCCUAUUUUCCAACUUCAAAGUGCAAGCGCAGCUUGUCACCACCACCAGCGGACAAAGCAGAUUCGACUUCUAGGUAGCAAGAGCCACGCAAGAGAGGGCUGGCUGGCUAUUGGGACCACGCGGCAUGAAUAGAG